CAUUUUUCUGUACGGCAUGACUGAUAUACGUUAGGAUUGGAUGGCCAGAUUAUCGUCUACGAUUAAGUUGUAAGUCGCGUUCCCGUAUCUAGUUCAACUGGCGCGCGUUACGUUGCGCUAUCGCUAUCUGUCAUCAAGAUGAACACAAUUCACGACUUCGUUCGCGUGCAUCUUCCCAACUAUUUCAGGUCUAUUCCUGUUCCUAAGGAUGUCUCCGGGCUUACGAAUCUUUCAGGAUCAGAGUGUCUUCGGCUGAUGGCCUUCUUUCUCCUCGUCUUCAUGAUCCUCUACUCGCUGAUCCGCACUAUCUUCUUUAGCUCUGCCUCUUCUUCUAAACAACCGCCUAAGACGUUGGAAAAGCUGGACGAUCGGGUCGUCAAUUUGACAAUUUUGAAAGAAAAAGAGAAAGUGGCGACUGCCAAAGACAUCGAAGAUCUGGAUGAGAAACAAGCUUUUUGUCGAUGCUGGCGAUCAGCCAAAUUUCCAAUGUGCGAUGGCACACACAACAAACACAACAAAGAGACUGGAGACAACGUUGGUCCUCUAGUUCUUUCAAGAAGAGACAAAGCUCCGGAGAGCAAGAAGGAUGACUGAAGCUGUCAAACUAUGUGAUCGAACUGUUGUGUGUUAGUGCAAAAAGUUUAUUCUCUGCAAAUGCUUACAUGUCAAACUAUUACAGCCCAUGCUACAUGUUUUAGCUGAGAUGGUUAAGUGACUAUUGCUUGCUUACAACUUAUUAGCAUGCUUCAACUCUGUAGCAGUACGCGUCCACAGCCAAUGGAAAUUAGGUUAUGCAACAAGUCUAUAAAACAGCUUACAGUGAG